GCCGCCUGGCCGUGGUUCCCGAGGAGACCGCGGACGCGGCGCGCACCAUGGAGCCUCGGGUGGUCAAGCCGCCGGGGCAGGAUCUGGUGGUGGAGCGGCUCAAGAGUCGCUACGGCCUCGGGGGCAGCUGCCCCGGCCAGUAUGAUUUUUCAAAAUUUGAUCAAGCAAACUGUAAGAGAAGAUCCCUGACCUCCCCAGAUGAUUUGGAUAUCUACUCCUGCGGAGAUAAAGUUGGUUCGUCAUAUUCUGAUGAGAGAAAGCACGGUACAAGACAUUUCAGCCGGUCCUCCAAGCACUUAAGUGUGAAUUGCCUAGAUGAUGAACUGGAUUCUUUUCAUGAUUUGAAGAAACGGGGAACAGAAGAGUUUACCGAAAAUGAUUCUAUCGUUAGUACCUCCAGAUCAAUCAAGCAGUCUUUUAAAGAAAUAGAGAAAGUGCCAACUAACUUGGCCUCAGUAAAACCUCGAACUGACUGUUGUAGUGAUACAAGUGAUUCUCCGUUGAAAUAUGACAGCCACCAGAAAUCUAAGACAGGAAGCAAGCAGAGUUUGCGCCCACACCAGAUAAAUCAAAUAUAUGAUGAAUUAUUUCAGAUACAUCUUAAACUGCAGUGUGAAACUACAGCGCAACAGAAGUUUGCGGAAGAACUUCAAAAGCGAGAACGUUUCCUGGUAGAGAGAGAACAACUGCUUUUCAAACAUGAAACUGCCCUGAGUAAAAUUAAGGGUGUUGAAGAAGAGGUUCUUACGCGAUUUCAGAUUCUAAAGGAGCAACACGAUGCAGAAGUUGAACACUUAACCGAAGUUCUCAAGGAGAGGAAUAGAGAGAGCAAGAGACUGAGGUCUUCGUUUGAUGCAUUGAAAGAAUUAAAUGAUAAUUUAAAGAAACAGUUAAAUGAAGUAAGUGAAGAAAACAGGAAGAUGGAAAUUCAGGCUAAAAGAGUUCAGGCUCGUUUAGAUAAUUUACAGAGGAAAUACGAGUUUAUGACAGUACAGAGGCUGAAAGGCGGUUCACACGCUGCUCCGGAGGCAAAAAGUGUGAAACAAGAGAAAGCACCAGUGUCGAAAACUUACAAGGCACCACUUAAUGGGCAAGUUUAUGAACUUUUGGCUGUCUUCAUGGAUUGGAUUUCGGAUCAUCACCUUAGCAAACUGAAGCAUGAAGAAUCCAGAAUGGAUGGUGAAAAGCCACUACUCAAGUUUGCUUCUCAGAGAAGUGGAAUUCAGGAGAAAUGUGUUAAGCUUUUGCCUGUCAUGACAGAGCAGCUGCAAUGGAUGCCAUUUGUGAAUGUCAAAUUUCAUGAGCCUUUUGUAAAAUUCAUAUACUGGUCCCUAAGGCAGCUAGAUGCUGGAACUCAGCAUGCGACUAUGACAUCAACACUGAGGAGACUGGGUGAAGACAUAUUUAAAGGGGUAGUAAUUAAAGGAAUUCAGGAAAAUUCUUUAGAGAAUUCUGUGGAGAACAAACCAAAGACAGCCGCUUUCUUCAAGAGUUCCAGUUUGCCACUGCGGUUUUUGUCUACCUUAAUUGUUCUUAAAACAGUCACUCAAGCCGAUUACCUGGCUCAGGCGUUUGAUUCCCUUUGUUUGGACUUGAAGACAGAUGAAGGAAAGACCUUGUUCUUGGAGUAUCAAGCUGUCCCGGUAAUAUUGAAUCACCUGAGGAUAUCUAGUAAGGGACUUCUGUCCAAUGUCAUCGAUAGUUUGCUCCAAAUGGCAGUGGACUCUAAAUCCCUGCAGCCCUUCCUGGAAGCCUGCAGCACCUCGCUGUUCUUCCGUACCUGCUCUGUGCUGCUUCGAACCCCGAAACUUGACCUUCAGAUACUAGAGAAGCUCAGUAUUAUUCUACAGAAACUUUCCAAAAUCAAGAGUAACAAGAAGCUGUUUGAGCUGUUUACAAUUCACCUGAUGCUUCAAGAAAUACAAAGGACCACACAUCCAGAGCAUGCGUUUCUCUGCAUUAACCUGAACUCCACUCUGUUCAAUUUGGGUUUAACAAAAUGCAGUUCUGUGGCUUCCAAUGCAAGCCACUAGACUGGCUUAUCUUUUAAAGAAUAUGUUACGUGUUGCUUAGCAAAAGUUAAAAAUCAUCAAACUCAGUACAAAAUUCUACCAAGUAAUCAGUAGCAUCACUUAUCAUGAAAGACAGAUUUUUUUUUCAGCUUUUAAAAUGAACUCUACACAAGCUAUGGGAUUUUUGAAUAUUUUGGUUCAACUAAAUAUACAAGAUGGCAUUUUAAUAUACAAGAUGGCAUUUUCAGAGUUUAUGAAACUAGAUUUUUCUAAAAGUAUGUUAGGAAGAUUCUGUCAUAAAAUUAUGUGAUUAUAUGGA